AUGGCUAACCGUUAUGAUUCCAACCCUUUCGAGGAAGUUGAUGAAAACCCAUUUGCCGAUGGAGGAGCUAAAGGAAAGCCGUCUGGACAACAAAAGUUUAGUGGAGGCUCAUUCUUUACAACAUCUGCUGGAAGUGUUCCACCUGCAGCAAACUCGAGGUUAUCACCCCUUCCUCCCGAGCCUGCUGAUUUCUACAAUCCCACCGCAGUUGAUAUUCCACUGAACAGUUCUUCAGAUUUAAAGAAGAAAGAGAGAGAGCUGCAGGCUAAGGAAGCUGAACUGAAAAAGCGGGAACAGGAAGUGAAGCGUAAAGAAGAGGCUGCUGCACGAGCUGGCAUUGUUCUUGAAGAGAAAAAUUGGCCUCCAUUUUUCCCCAUUAUUCAUCAUGAUAUUGCAAAUGAAAUACCAAUUCAUCUGCAGAGGCUGCAAUAUGUUGCAUUUACAACCUUUCUAGGACUCGUUUUUGCUCUCCUAUGGAAUGUUAUAGCAGUGACUACCGCUUGGAUUAAACAAGGAGAUGUAAAAAUUUGGUUUCUUGCUAUCAUCUACUUCAUAUCGGGGGUUCCAGGUGCUUAUGUGUUGUGGUAUCGUCCACUUUACCGCGCUUUUAGGACUGAAAGCGCGAUGAAGUUUACCUGGUUUUUCUUGUUUUACUUGCUCCACAUCGGCUUCUGCAUCUUUGCUGCUGUGGCACCUCCUGUAGUUUUCAGAGGAAAAUCCCUUGCGUAA